AUGUACAAGAGGAAGGCUACUAGAGAUAGUUACUUGUUGAAAUUGGACCUCAAGGAAGCUUAUGACACUAUAAAUUGGGACUUUGUUCAGCAAAUGCUAGAGGGAAUUGGAGCUCCGAGCUGGAUUAUGGAGAGGAUCAUGGUGUGUGUCAAGACUCCCAGGUUUUCUAUUAUGCUUAAUGGUGUCCCAUGUGGUUUCUUUGGGGGCUAUAAAGGCUUGAGGCAAGGGGACCCAAUGUAUCUUUUAUUUGCCCUAUGCAUGGAUUAUCUUGACAAGAUCCUAUGCUUUAUGUUCUCUAAUGUCUCUGGACUUGAGGUGAACAAGAACAAAUCUGAGAUGUAUUUUGCUGGUAUGAAUGAACAAGAAAUUCAGAGAGUUACUGAUGUGAGUGGGUUCACCAAAGAGGCUUUGCGUUUUAAGUACUUGGGUGUUCCCAUCUCCACAAUGAAGCUUAAAGCUACAGACUGUCAUGCUCUUAUUGAAAGAAUGGUUCAUAGAAUAAAAGUUUGGAGCUCAAGCCAUCUUUCAUUUGUUGCUAGGUGUCAACUAAUUAAUAGUGUUUUAAUGAGUAUCCAUGUAUACUGGGGUCAGAUAUUUGUGCUCCCUAAAUCUGUUACGCAAGAAGUUAAUUAUGUGUAUAGGUGUUUCUUGUGGACUGGAACUUAUAAUAACAUCAAAGAUGGUGCCAUUGCUUGGCAGGAUGUGUGUAAAAGUAAGAAGGUUGGUGGGCUUAGGUUUAGAGAUAUUGAAACAUGGAACAUUGCUGCAAUCAACAAGCUGGCUUGGCAUAUUUCUCAAGGAAAGGAGAACCUUUGGGUGAAAUGGGUGAACUGCAUUUAUACCAAGGGUGAUAAUUGGAGCUCUUAUAUGACCCCUAGCAGUGCCAGCUGGGCUUGGAAAUAUAUAUGUAAAGCUAAACAAACUGUGAGUCUCACUCUACUUAGUGACCAGUGGUUACACAAUAAUACCUUUAGUAUUAAGCAGCAAUAUAGUAGCCUUGGUGCACAGAGCAAUCUUGGACAGGUGCAAUGUCAAUGUAUUCAAAUGGUCCUUGAAUGGCUGGGAAUAAGGUGGGGUCGCAGGAACCUGCUGCAUCAGCUUUGUAGAUGGGUGAAAGACAGAUACAAUGGGACUAGUUUUAAAAGUCAGCUUGCAUUUGCUGCUAUUGCUAAUACUGUGUAUAUGAUUUGGAGAAACAUGAACUUAGAUUAUUGGGAACAUAUUGUUAAUACUAUAGGUAAUACAGUUAAAGACAUUAAACAUACUACUAAACAUAUGGUCUUACAAACUCUUCGUAAGAAGGUUAGGAGUAGUGAGAAAACAUGGCUUGAGAAUUUGUAA